CACCGUUCACGUGGACAGAGGGUGAUUCCCGCAUUGCCUAUAUAGCUUGCCGAUAACCGCAUUUCGUACAUUACCACAGGACACUCAGAAGAGAGAACACGGACUGUGAACAUUGGAUGUUACAAUUUGGAGGAUUUACUUUACGUGCUUAAAAGAUAUAUCAAGAUGUUGGACAACGAACUCAACAGAAACGAAGUGCAAGUGAUCAAGAGGGAGAACAUGUCCCAGCAACUGGGAAUGUCGUCUCAGAUGGGAGGCCCGUUCGCCGAAGUAUCGUCAACAAUGGCCGUCCCCGAAACGCCGAAAGGUGGCGUUCUGGUCAAGGUGUGCUAUGCGGGUGCGUGUUAUAACGAGGGCCACAUGAAGAAACGGGGAAUCCGCCCACGCUUUCCAGGUAUUAGAGACACUUCACUAUAUCCAGGGUAUGAAAUCGCCGGUGUUAUUCACGAUGUCUGCAACACAAUCCCCAACUGCAACUACACUCCCGGCGACAAAGUGAUCUUAUUUCCUGAAGAAAGUGUGGCUAGUUCAGGGUACGCAGAGUAUAUUCCCGUUCAAGACUCCGGAUGCAUUCUUCAGCUACCUCAGAACAUGGGCUUGGAUGUGGCAGCCAUGUUGCCGGGCGGGGCUCUCACAGCUUAUGCAGCCGUCACAAACGCCAAACCUCACGUUGAAAAACUCCAGAAAGUGAAAUCCUGCGUCAAUGUCCUGAUAGUUGGAGCCGGUGGACUAGGACUCUGGUCAUUGCGCAUUGCCCAAUACAUUAUGGGACCCAACUGCUCGAACGUGAAGCUGUUUGUGGCUGACAACAGCAUUGAUAAACUUCUCACAGCUCAGGACCACGAAUGUUAUGACAUUAUUCACUGGAAUGAGGAAGAUCAUGAAGAAUACAUCGUUGAGAGAACUCUUGAUGCCUGCAGGGGUGGCGUCGACAUCAUCAUCGACUUUGUCAGCUCCCCAAGAACCAUGAGCAGAUCCCUUAAAGUUCUCAAUCGGGAGGGUCUUAUACUCGUCGGCGGCAACAGCAUGACCGAAGUUAGCAUCAGUCUCAACACCCUCGCUGCCAAGCAGCAGAGCAUUGUCGGCAUCCCCAAAGGAAACCUCAACCAGCUGCAAGAACUCGUUGAUGCUGUGUCGCAGGGAAAUCUCCGUGCUCCCCUGUACAAUAUUUUCAACGUUGAAGAUGCCAACCAGGUGUAUGAAGAUUUGAGCGAGUGUCGAAUCACCGGCCGAGCAAUCUUCAAGUUCGCUAACACCACGUCCAACCUGGACAACUGACUUUGAGGACCAGACCUUACUCUGUGCUACAAUACUUUCAAUAGAGUCCAUGGUGACCUUGAUCACGUCGCCAGGAACUUUGAUGGUGCUGCGCCAAGAUGGCACGUGACUUCAGGAAUGUGUGUUGCGAGCAGCGAUUGUUGCCACCGACGCGGGUAGCAAUAUCUGUUGCCAUGGCAACGAACGUACCACGGUUUCUGACACUUCCUAAGAGUGGUGCAAGGUUGUUGGAACCUUGAUCGAAGUCUUUCAAGAACUGGAUUGCCCACGAUGAAAGUUCCUUUUGAAGAUCUGAUGUUACUAGUCUUGCUCGAUGAUCAAAUAUUGGAGUAGGAUGCCACCCCUGUCUAGCUCACUAAGUCACUAAGUAGAUGCAGAUACUGUGAACAUGAGCAUCCUCUUCCAGGAUGAGGAUAUCGGCAUUUGAUACAAUGAUUGAAGACUACCCGGUAUCUAACUGGGUAGAUGUGUAGCAAACUAGUGCUUGUUAUCAACGGGAGAAAAGGACUUGUAACAAUCGCAAUUGUAUGAAGUGCUUAACUUAUGUGAUGUGCCCCUAGUGCUUGGUCGAUCCGUCGGCCGUUUACUUACACGUAGUGCGUGAAAGGGGACGUAACUCUUUACUCAACUGACUGGAACUGAUUGUUCCGUUACUGUGAUGUUGACAUAAACACUUACUGAAUGGCAUUUUGUUGUUAUUGGUGUACAGAUUUGUACACGAGUUCAGUCGUGUUCAGAAUGGAUGAUACUUUGUUCAUAGUGCAGAUUUUGUAUGUAUAUUUAUGUAAAUAUUGUAUGAGUGAAAGAGCAGGUGUGCCCGGUGUUUUGUAUAAAGUCUGAAAGCAAAGAAAAGUUUGAAAAAUCCUAAAAUAAAAAAUAUUAAAGAAUUAA